GUCGUAGCAAGACUCCAUCAUUUCCAAAACAUACAACCACUUGACCGCCAAGAUGAAAUUCGCUUCGACACUCGCUACCCUCACUGUGCUGGCCGCCGGCGUGACAGCCUUGGACAAGCCCCUGGACAUCAAAAAGACGCACACCGUCGAAUGCACGACGAAGACGAAAGUCGGCGACAAAGUCGAGAUGCACUACCGCGGCACGCUCGAGAAAGACGGCUCUGAGUUCGACGCAUCCUACAACCGCGGCACCCCACUUCCUUUCACGCUGGGCAAGGGACAGGUCAUCAAGGGUUGGGAUGAAGGACUACUGGAUAUGUGCGUUGGCGAUAAGAGGACGCUGACAAUUCAGCCGGUGUAUGGUUAUGGAGACAACGCUAUGGGCCCAAUUCCUGCCAAAUCUGUAUUGAUCUUCGAGACGGAGUUGGUGUCGAUCAACGGCAAAGGAGCAGAAACCGCCAACGCAGAGCUUUAAGCGUAAUUCGAAUCUAAUGCGCGUGACUUGUACGAUUAGUAGUGAAAACGAAUCGAAGCACGCACCGAGAGCCAGUCCUGCAAACUCAUUCGUUCGUACUACGACAGUCUGUUGCCUGCCCUUGCCUUGCUUUCAUAUCUUCAGACAGAUUGGAACAUGCACUUGGC